AUGGAUGCAAUCAAGCUGCGAUUGUUCCCAUUUUCGUUGAGGGAUCAAGCUCUGAGUUGGCUCAAUUCCUUCGGGCCAAAUCAUUUCAACACAUGGGACCAACUGUACAAAUCUUUCAUGCAAGAAUACUAUCCACCCUCCAAGGCUGCAAAAUUGAAGAAGCAAAUCCAGAAUUUCCAGCAAUUCGGAAGUGAAAAUCUGUACGAGGCAUGGAAGAGGUUCAAGGAUCUCAGGAGGCAGUGUCCUAGGAAUCUCCUAUCUCCUGGGGAUUUCAUUUCAUCUUUUUAUGAAGGAUUGCUGGACAACUACAAGACAGUGUUGGAUACUUCUUCUAUGGGGGGAGUGUUUCUUGAUAUGACGCCCGAUCAUGGAGAGCAGCUGAUAGAAAGAAUCACAGCCAACACUGCGUAUUGGUACAAUGAAAGAGUCGAGCAACUAAGGAAAGAGAAAGCAGUAGGUAUGUUUGAAGUGGAUGAGAAGGUUGCCAUGCAAGCCCAACUGGAUUCGAUCCAACACAUGUUGAAAGAAAUGGUGUUGAAUAAGAAGGUGAAUGCUCAGUCAGUCAUUUCCUCAUCCCAGAUGCCACCCACACCACAAGCCUACUCGAUGGUACAACCAACAACUCCAAGCCCACCACCAUCUUCAACUAUGGCUAUGGUGCUCAGUUGCGCUAUUUGUGGCGGUGCUCAUGCUUCUCAAAGUUGUCAACUUUUUGAACCUGGCAGCCACAACUCUUAUUCAACUGUAGAGCAAGUUGACAUGAUUGGAUACCAAAAACCUCAAGGCCAAGCGCAAUGGAGGAAUCAAGUCAAUCCUUCUUGGAGCAAUCAAGGUUUUCAAGGGAGAAAUCCACCUCCUGGUUUUCAAGGCAACCAAGGCUUUAGAGGUGGAUAUCAAGGCAACCAGCAAUGGAGAGGAAAUCAAGGACAUGGUACGAGCCAAGCAAAUACUCAAAAUCAGCAAGGGUUUUCACAAUCAUCUCAAGAUCCGGAUAUGAAAACCUUCAUGAACAUGAUUAUGACACAAAUGAGUAAAUUGCAAACCGAAGUUGAAGGUCUUCGAGCUCAACAACAAGGAGGAGGUGCCCAAGCUUCUACCCAACCUUCAUUUAAUGGUAAACUUCCAGCAAGCACUGAAAAUCCUAGGAAUCAAGUCAAUGCUGUUGUAACUAGAAGCGGGAAGUCUUUGACUGAUCCACCCUUUCCAGAUGAUAACAUUGCUCUUGAAAAUGAAGGGAAAGAAAAAGAACUUCUACCACAAAAAGGAGAUCCCGAAGGACAAGUGCAGACAAAGGAGGAUCCUAGCCAAGGUUAA